GUUACAGUAAGAGUAGAGGUUGGGGUGUUUCUGAGGUCACCGACAGCGACACGAAGACCAAAUGUCUUGCUUUCCUCCUAUCAAAUGAAUGGUUAGGAGAGAGGGAAGAAGCCAAAAGGCAGAAACUACAAAAAGCGAAAGGGACUCUUGGGGCUAGGGGAGGCAGGCAUGAGGAUGAGUGUGGGACACACCAAAGUCUCUCUCAAUUCAAUUGAUCACACCUCUCCGCUUCCCUUGCCUAUAAUAAUAAUUGAGGGCUUUGACAUGAUAUAAAGCAAAAACCCAUAAUAAAUGAAUAAAGCAGACUCAACAACAAAAAAGGCUUUCCUUUUACACUUCCUUUCCUUUCUCGGCACUGUUCUCUCCCUUGGGGUGAUACUGCAUUUUGCUCAGAGCGUGUCCUGUUGAGUCUUCGGGAGUCUCAUAGCUGAGAAAAAGGGUAAAAGUUUAAAGGAAGGGGGAAAAACCCCAGGAAAAGAGUUGCCUUCAACCUUGCACGCAGCACUGGGUCUUGUUUCUCUUGAAGAAACAGAGCACUCUGCUUCUCUUUCUAUCUCUCCGAGAACUAAUCAGGAUGCCACGCCCUGGCCCCAGGCCGUAUGAUUGUGUUAGAAGAGCUUGGCAUAGUGACACGCACCAGCCCAUUAGAGGAACCCUCAUUCAAGAAAUUUUUAGGGUUGUCAAUGACAUACAUGGUCCUGCUACGAAGAAGAAUAAGGAGUACCAGGAGAAGCUCCCUAUUGUGGUGCUCAGGGCAGAAGAAAUUAUGUACUCCAAGGCCAAUUCUGAGGCGGAAUAUAUGGACCUUACAACUCUCUUGGUCAGAGCAAAUGACGCCAUCGAUACAGUAAUUCGACGUGAUGAGAGCACCGAAACUGGAGAGUGUCUCCAGCCUUGCAUUGAAGCUGCUCUGUGUUUGGGGUGCACCCCAGAAAAAGCUUCAAGGAGUCAACGCAAUAGCCCAAGGUGUUAUCUGAGUCACAACGGUCAAGAGCCAGUACAGAAGCCUGCAAGAGGAGAUCAAUCAGAUCAUAUAGCAAAACCACAUUUUGUGUCUCCUUGCUCAAAUUUUGUGAAAUCUAGCCGUCUGGGUUCUGAAUAUCCAAGGUUGGUUUUCCGAAAUACUGAUCCCACUCCUUCCUCUAACACAUUGGCGUUUGCAUCUGAGCAUUUUCCUUCACCUAGUAAAAAGCAGUGCUUGCAAUUUCAACCAUUGACGAACUUGUUUUCAGUUUACCCCUUGUAUUAUGGAAACCGCAUUCCAGUUGAUGAAUACCAUAAUGGUUCUACAGCCUCGCAUAAAUCAAUGUCUAACACUUCUGGACCUGGUAUUGUGGGUGGUGUGGGAAAUCACUUGGCCUCCAACGUCACAGCUGCGAAUCAGAAACCUCAAUCGCUGAAAAGGGGUGAUCCUGAUCAGAACCAACCCACAAUGGGAUGCGAUCUAUCUCUCCGAUUAGGCCCUCUUUCGAGUGUAGAAGAAGGGAAUAAGCUCAGCGGUGAAACUUGCCAAAACGAUGAAAAAUUCUCUUCCUUUGUUUCGGAAAGACCAACUGUGCAGAAACGCAAGCCAGAUUUCGCUUGUUUAAAGCCUUGGAAAUCAGGGGUGAAAAAUUGAGGUUCUUCUUUAGAUUAGCUUCUGCCUUUACUUUGCCUCCCGAAAUGGCAGAACAAAUGUGUAAUUUUGAGGGCUGUCUCCGGCAAUGUUUUAGAACACUCGUAAGUUAAUGUAAAUUUUGGGGGUACGGAAUUCGGAGUGUUUCUGCAAUGAAGUAAAAUUUUUCAUGUCCCAA